GUCCGGAAUAGAACUAAAAAUCAUUUAAUUAAAAAUAAACAAGUGAACGGAAUAGCAAGGACCAUGCCGGACCCAAAAGGAGGCAAGGGCGAUGGCAAGCAGAACAAAGGGAAGAACAGAGCCUCCAAGACGAAGGCCGAGGCCGGUGGCGGCGAUGCGGAUGACUUUGAUGCCUGGAUACGUUCGCGCCAGCUGCUCAAGCCGGACGAUCAGCUGGAUCUGACGGAGGCCGAGCUGGCCGAGGAGGUGACCAAGGUGCUGACGCCCACCAACACGAACGUCAUCCACAAUCUGGUGGUGUACAGCUUCAAGGAUGGGGAGUACGUGCCGGCACCGCUGCCGGGCAACACGGUGACCCUGCUGGGCUACCCCGGAAACUCUUUGCACGUGGACUCGGAGGAGGCGCGCCGCCAGAUUGAGGAGUCCGACGAGAUCGGCUACCCGCUGCCCAUGCCCCACUACUCGCUGGUGGAGCAGCGCGACACAUCUGUUGGGGAUGGCGAGGGCGAGGGUGAAGCCGAUGACGAUGACGACGCCAAGAGUGCACCCGACAAGGAGGCCGAAGAGGAGGAGGGCGAGGAGGAGGAGGAAGAGGAGGAGGCCAAGGCAGGCGAAGAAGGCGUAGAAGAGGGGGAGCCACGUGGCGAUGAAGAGGAAACCGCAGCAGCCCAACCGGCGGCAGCCACAGCCUCCGGCAAGAAGCGAAAGCUAAUCAAUCAGUUCAACUACUGCGAACGGGCUGCCUUAACCUACACCAAUCCGAAGAGGAAUGUGGACACACAGACGAUCCCACCGCCACGAUCGCAGUUUGGCGGCAAUGUGCUGCAGUGGGUCAUCUACGAUUCGUACUUGGAGGACUUUGAGGGGCAGUCGAAGGAAGGCGCCGCCAAGAAGGAGGACCGCAAGCGGGGCAUGCGCUCGAAGAAGUUCAAGGACAAGUCCGCCAUUGCCGAGCAGCUCAACAAAAAGUACCUCAAGUGCUGGCAAAUACUCGAGCGGAUGAUUAACCAAAACAUCUACGACGACAUUGCCCAUGACUAUCGCUACUGGGAGGAUCCGGCGGAUGAGUUCCGUGAGGGCGAGGGCAACCUGCUGCCGCUGUGGAAGUUUCAGUACGAAAAGACCAAGAAGAUGAACGUCACCGAGAUCCUCUUCAAUCCGAGCUACUACGAUCUCUUUGCCGUUUGCUUUGGCUCACAUGAAUUUAUGAAGCAGACAAACGAGGGCUACCUCUGCCUCUUUACCGUCAAGAAUCCCUCUUUUCCGGACUACAUCAUACAAACCGAUUGCGGUGUCAUGUGCUGUGACAUUCAUCCCACAUACCCGUUCCUGGUCGUGAUUGGCCUCUACGACGGCAACGUGGCCGUCUACAAUCUGCGGGAGAACUGCAAGGAGCCGCUGUACAUCUCCAAGGGCGUCAACUGCAAGCACGGGGAGUGCGUCUGGCAGAUCAAGUGGGGCCCGGACAUGACCGACGGCGAGAUUAACUUCUAUUCGGUGUCCUCCGACGGGCGGGUGUUCAACUGGAUCCUGAUGCAGAACAAGCUCUGGGUGACGACCAUCAUAACGCUGUUCCUGCAGGAUGGCCUCGUGGAUGGGCCCGACGGCACCAAGGUCAGCCUGAAGAGCGGCGGCAGCUGCAUGAUCUUCCACCCCACCGACCAGAAGAUCUUCCUGGUGGGCACCGAGUGUGGCUACAUCUACAAGUGCAGCACGGCCUUCAGCUCCAAGUAUCUGAUGACCUACAACGCACACAAUAUGUCCGUCUACCGCAUCGACUUUAAUCGCUUCAACUCGAACAUCUUUGUGUCCUGCAGCGGCGACUGGCGCGUCAAGGUCUGGGAGGACAUGCGUGCCGAUCCGCUCUUCAUCUUCGAUCUCGGCUCUGCCGUUGGCGACGUCAAGUGGGCGCCCUAUUCCAGCACCGUCUUUGCAGCCGUCACCACCGAGGGCAAGGUGCACGUCUUCGAUUUGAAUGUGAACAAGUACAAGGCCAUCUGCAUCCAGGCGGUGGUGCCCAAGCGAAAGAACAAGCUCACGCGACUCUCCUUCAACGAGAAGAUACCCUUCAUUGUAGUUGGCGACGAAAAGGGAGUUACCACUUCGCUCAAACUAUCGCCCAAUCUUCGCGUGAUGGUAAAGCCGCCCAAGAAGCAACUGUAUCUGGAUCAGACCACGCUGCAGAUCGCCAAGCUGGAGAAGCUGCUGUCGCUAGUGAGGGAGCUGCCCGAAGGAAACAUUGUGCCCGACACGGCCACCACUGUGCGCAGUUAAAUCUUCCCUUCCCACACGCAUAUAUUUUGAUAAGCCUCUUCCCGAGCCACGCGUUGAGUCUGAUUGUAAAUUUCUUUUUAGAACAUA